UAGAAAGAUGAAAGAUGUAAUGAAGGAAGUGGAAGGGAAAGUGAAGUUUUCAAUGGCUGAUUCCACAAUGAUGUUACUUGUUCAAGAAGCCAUGGACAAAGCUCAUGAAAAGAUUAAAACCAAACAUGGUCUUCUCCUCCGUCUCAACGCCAUUUCCAUUUUCUACGAGCUCGCUGUGUUACAGCUCGAGAGCUGUCUUAGUUUCGUCAGACAAGAGACCGAUAAACUCGAGACUAACCACGAGGAAGUGGUUCGCGAUCUGAGAGAGAUCAAAGACAGACUUCACCACCGUCUCUUAGAGACCGAGUUAGCGAUUCUUGAGAAAGACAGGCAGUUGUUGGAGAUGUCUGAGAACCAAGAGAGUCUAAGAAACGUGUUGGAGAGUAAAGAAACAGAGUUGGUUCAUUUGCAAGAUCUUGAGAGGAAGAGAUUUCAUAAUAAGAUUGGAGAUUUUAUCAAAGAAGAUGAGUUUUCAGAGCUGAAGAGCUCUGUUGAUCAGCAAGUGAUGAAUCUUAGACAGAAGCUUGAAACAGAGUACAAUGAAUUAGGGGGAGAAACAGAGGAUCCUUCAGGGGUUGAUAUCGAUGUUUUGAAAGGGACAAUGGAUCUUGCUUUCAACAAGAUGCAUCAUGCUAUAUUCUUGUCCGAAUUAGGUCCGAUUGAGCAGAGUUGGAGAUGGUCUAUAGAGAGAGAUUCAAUGGCGUUACUGAUAAAAGGUUAUAUGAAUGGUUUAGAGGAGAAAAUGGAGAAGGUAAUGAUGGUUGUGAGAGAUUAUGAAUCGGGUUUUAAAAAUCGGGUUUGUUCGAUUCGUAGAGAGGUAGAGUGUUUAGAAUCUCAGAUUGAUCAGAUCAUCAUCAAUAAAUCAUCAUCUCCUAGAUCAUGUGUAGCAACAAUAUCAUCAUCAGCUUCAGUAAAUUUUGAAUUUGGUGAUGAUAAAGAAGCAAAGGACGAUGAAGAAGAAGAAGGAAAAGAUUCGAGUAAUUUUCCUGUUUCGAAGUUGAUAAAGAGUCAUGAAUCAAUCAUUAGAAGGAAGAGCGAAGAGCUUGUUCCUCCCAAAAUCGAGUCUGUUAAACGUCAGAAGAGCUACAACAGCUCUAGCUCGAAGCGAGCUAUUGAUGAUAUCGUGGCAGGUCUUGAUAGCUUGACGAGUCUUAACGCUAAGCUGUUCGAAAAUAUGUUUGAUAGGUAUGAUCAUGAGCGUGAAGUGGUGGUAACGGAUGACAAUUUGGAUGAUGUUUGGAUGAAAAUGCAGAAGAAUAGAUCAGUGUUUUCAGACAAUGAAAAAGAGGAGAAAGAAGAUGCAGAGAUGAAAUUGUUAAUAUUAGAAGAUACUUACUUGGCUUUGCUCAAGGGUCUAAUAACAGAUGGGAACACAAACAGUAGAAAAGCGAGCGAAGAUGAAGAAGUAGAGAUCAAGAGUGAAAAGAUCGAAUCCGGGCUUAAGUGUAUGGAUUGUUUAGAGAACCUGAAUUGGGAGAAAAAUUUUGAGAUUCUUCGUGAUGAUGAAGAAUUCAAACAAGAACUCAAUUGGAUGGUUGUAACAGAGUUGCUAAGAGAAGUUUCAGAGACUGUGGAGAAUCAUGAAAAGAUUGAAGCAAACAAUAAAAGAAUGAUUGAGGAAGAAGGAAAGAGAGCCUACUUGGAAAUGUCUCUAGUCUAUGAUAAAUUUGGUUUGAAGAUUCAAGAGAAGUUAAAGAUGGUAACAUUCAGGUUACAAGACUUGGAGAUAAAGAUUGAUUCAAAGAUAGAUUGUAUAGCAACGUUGAGACGAAAAGAAUCAGUCUAUAGGACAGCUUUUGUUCUUAUGUCUGAGAAUCUCACAAAGGCAGAAACUGAGGUUGAUCUUCUUGGAGAUCAAGUCGAUUCUCUGGUGAAACUUCUUCAGAAAACACUUUGGACAUUACAUCAACACCCACAGCUUCUCUGCAAAAACUCAGAUAUAUUGGAGAUCUCGAAGAUGAUCAAGAAAGAGUUGUCAUCUGAAGAUUCAUGA